AGAAUGAUAGCAGCUGGGAAGUUUGCAAGUCUUCCACGGGAUAUGCAGAUGAACCAUGAGUUUCCCUUGGCAUCUUCUAUGGAUCUGUUGAGCAGCAAACCCGUUCUGGCUGAUGAACUUCAUUCUGGUACCCAUCAAGAUAUUUCUAUCCAUGGUACCCUUCCGAGAAAAAAAAAAGGAACCCUUCUUCUUGGGUCAUGUGAUGUCCUCAACAACAUGAGAAUGUUGCCAUACACCCAAACAAAUCAGUCUCCAGGACCUGUAAUUCAAGGUGUCAUUGAAGAGUAUCCCCAGAAAAACAGGAAAAGUGACAGCCGUCCACACAGAGACCAGAAUACUAUGGAUCCAGCUUUGGAGUAUGUAAAGGUAUGA